AUGCUGCGGCGGGCAUUGCUCGGCGGCGGCGGCCUGGCGAUCGCACUCGGCAUUCUCCACAGGCUCUCUAUCACCCAGUCCAACCAACCGCGUUGCCUCUGCGGCUGGGCGGGCCUCUCCUUUGUGCGCAAGCUGGACAUGGCCAAGUACGAUCUCACCAUCGUGAGCCCGCGGCCGUAUUUUUUCUACACGCCGCUGCUCACCGGCUCGGUGACGGGGACUGUGCACUUCCACAACAUCCUUGAACCCAUCCGCUCCUUCUGCACGAGAGCGGGUGCAGCCGACGCCACUUACGUCAAGGCCAGCUGCGAAGGCGUCGAUCUCAAAAAGUGA